AUGUUUCUCACUUCAUUCUUGUCCAAGCUCAUCGAAUGGCUCACAAAGGCACCUCGGGCAACAGAAGAAUCAUCAGAUAGCGAGCCUUCAGUGAAAGGAAAACCCACCGCUCCGGCCGCCAAAGUAACCCCCGCGCCUCCCCCAGCGGCAAAGAAACCAGCAGUAGUUCCCGCUAAAAAGAAGUGGGAAGGCGAAGACGAAGAAGAAUCUGACCCUGUGAGUGAUUGGGAGGAGUCUUCCGAGGAAGAGUCAGAAGAGGAGGUCAAACCCGUCGUCGCUCCACCCAAGAAGAAGGGCACCCUUAAAGCCAAACUUGCCGAGAAGGAAGCCGCAAAGGCGAACAAGAAAGAUGGCUCGACUGGUUCAGACGACUACGACUCAGAUGCCGUUCUUGAUCCCAGGGAGAAAGCGCGUUUAGACAAAGAGCGAGAGCUCAAGGCUGAUCUCAACAAUGCUGCCGAUUUGCUCGGUGCUGCUGCUCUCGGAGGAACUUCUUCAUCAGAACUUGACUCACUAAUAUCCUUCCAACCACGAACAAAGGAGGACUUCGUUGUUCUAUCUGAUCGAAUUAUUGAAUUUAUCAUCAAGAAACAUCACAGCAAGCCAUUAUACCACACCUUUGUUGAGCACCACGCUCGUGCACUUGCCGCGCCACUGAAGGAUGUUGAAGUCCGCAAGGUAGCCAGCGGCCUAACAACCCUGGCGAACGAAAAGCAGAAGGAACAGCGUGACAAGGCCAGUGGGAAGAAAAAACCGAAGGGAGCCAGCAAACCAGGGCUGGGUGGAACCAAGUCAUUGGCAAGAGCAAAAGAUACGGAGCUCUACGACGAGGCAUUGGAUGACUUUGGCACCAAUGCCGAUGACUUCAUGUAA